AUGUAUGUGAAAUGCUUUGAUACAGUAAUGUUUUACUAUGUGAUUUUAGUGUAUUUAGUGAAUGUCACUUUUUGUCACUUUCAAAUUUCCCCCCGGUUCCCGGACGGAACCCAGAAGACAGAUGCCAGCAUCUGUCGGAGGACAUUACAGGGGACACUGCAGGAGGGACAUCGCGGGAGCGCAGGACAAGGUAAGAGAAGAACAGAUCCCGGAGCAGCGCCGCAUGGUAAGCCUGAGUGUAGCUCGGGGUUACCGCUUGUGCUACACUCGGGAAUACUGCCAGGGAGGUUA